UGCAGGGCGGGCUGUGCUGCUGUCCGAGGGGCGCCGGCUGCCUGAGUGGACAUGGCGGCCAGCCGCACUGGGCUUGUGCUGGCCGCUUUGGGGGUGCUGAGCGUCAGUGUAACCAGUGGCUCCCGGGCCGCAGCAGGAGCGGAGAGGGGCGGGGAGGCGGAGUGGGCGGAGCCGUGGGAUGGCGCGGUUUUCCGGCCGCCGUCGGCACUGGGGGCAGUGGGGGUGGCGCGCGGUCCCGGGAGCCCUUGGUCAGGGAGGGAGGAGGCAGAGGACUUGCCGGUGCUGCUGUGGUGGAGCCCGGGGCUGUUCCCUCACUUUCCGGGCGACUCGGAGCUCAUCGAAUGCCCGCGCGGCGCGUGCGUGGCGUCCCGGGACCGGCGAGUGUGGGGCGACGCGCGAACGCGCGCGCUGCUCUUCUACGGCACCGACUUCCGUGCGUCCGAGGCGCCUCUGCCACGCCUGGCGCACCAGAGCUGGGCGCUCCUGCACGAGGAGUCGCCGCUUAACAACUUCUUGCUGAGCCACGACCCUGGCAUCCGGCUCUUUAAUCUUACCUCCACCUUCAGCCGCCACUCUGACUACCCGCUGCCGCUCCAGUGGCUGCCGGGGGUCGCUUACCUGCGCCGAGAGGCGCCUGCGCUCCAGGAGCGCGCGGAGUGGCGCCGCCGGGGGUACGCGCCGCUGCUCUACCUUCAGUCCCACUGCGACGUGCCGGCCGACCGAGACCGCUACGUCCUCGAGCUGAUGCGCUACAUCCCGGUGGACUCCUACGGGAGAUGCCUGCAGAAUCGGGAGCUGCCAGCUACACGGUUGCAGGACACAACUACAGCCACCACGGAGGAUCCCGAGCUCUUGUCCUUCUUGUCCCGCUAUAAGUUCCAUCUGGCCCUUGAAAAUGCCAUCUGUGACGAUUACAUGACAGAGAAACUGUGGCGUCCCAUGCAUCUGGGUGCUGUGCCAGUGUACCGUGGCUCUCCCUCUGUGAGGGACUGGAUGCCCAACAACCACUCAAUCAUCCUCAUCGAUGAUUUUGAGUCUCCUCAGAAACUGGCAGAAUUUAUUGACUUUCUGGACAAGAAUGAUGAGGAGUAUAUGAAAUACUUGGCAUACAAGCAACCAGGGGGCAUUACCAAUCAGUUCCUUCUGGAUAGUCUGAAACAUCGGGAGUGGGGAGUGAAUGAUCCCUUACUGCCUAACUACCUCAACGGCUUCGAGUGUUUUGUUUGCGAUCAUGAAUUGGCUCGUCUGGACACCGAGAAAGCCCAUGCAGCGUCUCCGGGGGACGUCCCUGCCCCGGAGCCUCACAUUGCCCAGCCUUCACACAUGGACUGCCCAGUGCCCACACCUGGCUUUGGCAGUGUGGAAGAGAUUCCUGAUAAUGACAGCUGGAAGGAGAUGUGGCUGCAAGAUUAUUGGCAAAACCUUGACCAGGCAGAAGCUCUAACUACAAUGAUCCAUAACAAUGAGACACAGCAAAGGAAAUUCUGGCAUUACCUACAUGAGAACUUCGUAAGACGGAAUCAAAAUCUCUAGUUAGCCUCUGAGAGACUAAGGAGAUGAGGGGUCAUCUGCUGCACAAACCUCUAGUGAACACUGUCUUAUGAAUAUAAGGAACUCUUAUAUUAACUGAUACUGUAUUUUCAUGACAUAACCAGAAUGAUAUACUCUAAUAUAGUAAUUAAUAUGUGCCAUAUCAGUUUAACAAUUUUUUUAUUCUAUUUUAGGUUUGAGAUGGGAUACCAAGGCUGGAAAUGAUGGUAGAAAAAUCAUGUAUAUAAUUUUUUUUAAAACUCUGCUUUAUGGUGGUGCUGGGGAUUGGUCCUGGGAUUUGUUAUGUCUCAGGCAUGAAGGUCUUUUAGCAUAACCUGUAGGUCUUUUUGCAUAACCAUUAUUUUAUCUCCUCCAUCCAUAUACAAUUUUUAAAUGUGAAAAUAAGUCAAUGUGAAUCAAAGUACAGGCUUUAAAUUUUUAUUUAAUGAAAGAUAUAAAGAGAGGGAGGAGAAAAAGGCCAGAGCACCACUCAAUUUCGGUAUAUGGUGGUGCCAAGGAUUGAGCCUUGGUCCUCUGGGGCCUCAGGUGUCAAAGUCUGGUGCACAAACCACUAUGAUCUUGCCUCAGACAAAGUGCAUUAUUUUCUUAUAACUACUCAUUUCUGUAUGUCUUUCCUCGACAUAUCACUUUUAUAUGUUCCAUAUUAUCCAAAGAAUCUGGAUAAAUUAUAGUAGAAAAAAAGCUGUUUAAGUAGGUUUAGAAAUUAUUUUAUCUUCUAUAGCACUUUCACUUUAAGUGAGAUGAGUAUUAUUUUGACUGUAUUCUAUUACUUAUAUGAUCCUUCUUCAAAACUUUAUAAUACUUAACUGAGACUACAUUUUGAUGGAACCACCCAAGGUCCUAAGCGUAAGGGUUUGAAGAGUAAGUCAGGAGAUUUAAACCAACAUAAUUGACUAACUAAAUAAAAAGUCGCUAAUCAAGUUUGGGAUGCAGACAAACUCUUCUAUUGCUGUGAUUUGAACAUACAGUUUAAUGGGGAAGCCUUUUUUUUUUCUUUUUUUCCCUAGGGUCAGUGGAACAAAAAAAAUCCUUGAACCUCAGAGCUACUUGGUAGUGAUGCUGUAUUAAUGAACUAUCACUUAACAAGUUUCAUAACAUGUCAAUAUAUCUGUUUUAAAUAUGUCUGCACACAUGUAUAUGUAGAACUAACAUCCCAUUCUUAAUAUUGUGACUAUUAGUAAGACCAAGGAGUUCACUGCUAGGAUAGUUCAUUGUUGGGUUUUUUUUUUGUUAUUUUUUUUCCCAUUUUAUUCUUUGUUUUUGGUGUGAGAACCACCCAGUUCUGGCUAUUGGUGGUUCCAAGGAUUAAACCUUGGACUUCUUGCAUUAAGUCCUGUGUGUCCUGCCUACCACUGUGCUCUCUUUCCAGCCUUCCACUUUAUUCUUUAAUUAAAAAAAUAAUAAUACUUUAUAAGAUCAUGGAAAGAGUGAAAUAUAUACUUUCAAAAAUACCUGUUAAAAUUUGAAAUUGGUGGUCUGAGAGGUAGCAUGAGAUCCUGAGUUCAAUCCCUGGAGCACAUAUACCAGAGUGAUAUCUGAUUCUUUCUCUCCCUCUCUCUCUCUCUUUCUCUCUCUCUCCUUCUGUCUUCACGAAUAAAUAAAAUCUUUAAAAAAUAAAAUAAAUUCAAAUUGUGGGGGCCUGGUUGGUAGCACAGCGGGUUAAGCGUACAUGGCACGAAGCACAAGGACCAGCCUAAGGAUCCUGGUUCGAGCCCCCGGCUCCCCACCUGCAGAGGAGUCGCUUCACAAGCAGUGAAGCAGGUCUGCAGGUGUCUGUCUUUCCUCCUCUCUGUCUUCUCCUCUCCCGAUUAUUCUCUGUCCUAUCCAACAACGACAGCCAUAACAAUGAUAAACAACAAGGGCAACAAAAGGGAAAAAAUAAUCUCUAGGAGCAGUGGAUUUGUAGGGCAGGCACCGAGCCCCCUGGAGGCAAAAAAAAAAAAAGAAAAGAAAGAAAGAAAUUGUGCAAGAAGUUAAUACUCAAGCUUGCGGUCUUUAAAUAUAGGUGCUGCCGAUUUAUAGUGAAAAAUACAUAUUAGCCAAGUGCAAACUACGGUUAGGAAUCAUUGCAUUAUGUGCAAUAAAAAGGGUAAGUAAUGGUUAUGGAAAUACAAAAACAUCACCCUACCCUCUCCUAAUUACAUGAGCCCACAAAGACAUUUCUUUUUCUUUUUCUUCUUUUUUUAAAAUUUUGCCUCCAGGGUUAUUUCUGGGGCUCAUUGCCUCUACUAUGAAUCUACUGCUCCUGUGGCUAUUUUUUCAAGUUUUUGGACAGGAUAGAGAGAAAUUGAAAGAGAUGGGGAAGAUAGGGAGAGAAAGAAAGACAACUGCAGACCUGCUUCACUGCUUGUGAAGCACCUUCCCCCCCCCCCCGUAAGUGGGGAGCUGGGGGCUUGAACCAGGAUCCUUGUGUGGGUCCUUAUGCUUUGUACUACGUGUGCCACUGCCCAGCCCCCAACAGACAUUUCCUAAGCACUUUUAUGUACAAAAGUAGGCCAGUUUAUGAGUUAGGCUGGAUUCAUGCCUGCUUUGUGGUCAAAUGCUUCACAGACCUCCUUUUUUUUUUAUCACCAUCUAAGUAUUUAUAAAAGAGCAGGGUAAACCUGGUGCUACAUUUUUACAAGGGAAAGCAGAACAAGGAAUUGUUGUAUGAUACUAAAGAUCUUAUUUUAUGGAGAAAGUAAGUAUGUGAAGAUUUUUAUAGUUGAGGCCCAGUCUGCUUUGUAUAAACAAAAGGCUUUGGGUUAUUGGUAGAAGUGCCUGAUAGUAAUCGAUUUGUGUUGCUGGAGAGGUCAAACAUUAGGUUGAUGCUUUUUCUUACAAAUACUGCUAUUUUCUAUGAUCUCAGGUUUCAUUUUGUAUAAUAAACGGCUUCUUUAUAAACAC